AUGUUUCUAUUCUUUCAUCGGUUUGGAGAGGUGGUCGUCCGUGCAAAGAAAGAAAUCGACUCCAUGCGCUUUCGCGAGGAGCUCGAAGCAGCACGUGAAGGUGGUCCCGAGGCUGCAGCACAAGUGGCAGAAGAAGUUGCCACUGCCAAUGGACUGCCCAUAGGUCUUGUCAAGCAACGCUUGCUGCCUGAACCUGUGACCAGAGCCGAUGCAGUGUUGAUGACCCCACCCGGAUCUCCAUGUCGAGUGCGAAGCGUGGCAUCGCCUUGCAGGGGCCGCGCAAGCGACAAGGCGAUCUCAGCCUCUGCACGCGCAGUCCAAAGGUUAAAAAAGAUGUCGGCCACUCCAGAGGCAGAUGCGCAGUCUGAUGUCUCGGAUUGGGAGCACAACAGUGGGAAUCGUCGCUCUUCAGGAUCACCUGCGGCUCCACCCAAAGUGUCGUUGGGUCUACCGCGUCGACGUCUGGCGUUGCCACGGGAGCGACCGCAGUGUUGCACUCCUUCGAGCUCGGCUUCAAGUCCUAAGUGGCCUGACGAGCACGGACUGGAGGACGAUGACUUUGCAUCGGGAGCCUCGCAGGCCUCACGAAGACGAAGACGAAGCACCUCCCAUGGCUGUGAUGAGGACCCAGAGCUCAGCACCCAUGCGCCAUCUGAUGCCAUGGAGGUGAUCCGAAAAAACCGAUCUGGGGAAAGCAGCCGUUCUGCAACGACCAUGGGAAUGGGGGAGGAAUCCCAUGGUGGUUCUGAGUUUUCCGCUGCCCUCAACACCCACCAACCGGAGGUCUUUAUCGGUGCCACGAGGCAAGGGACACCUGUCCUGUUGGUCUGUUGGUCCGUUGGCUUCGCCAUUUGGGUUCAGUUUGAGAUGAAGUUUGUCAGUUCCAUCUGGGUCCCUCCUGCGCUGGUCCAUGCUAGCAGCCUGCACCGUGGGUCCGGGCACGGUCGCUUGGCCCAUGGCUUUUUCGAAAGUCUCGAGGUUGUGACCUGUGCGCGUUCGGGCGUGGAGUAUGGGAAUUCUCUCGCUUGGGCCUUGUGUUUCGCCUCGGUCCUGGCCUACUCUUUGCAGGAAGGAAGCGCUCGUUUGACAUUGGUUUCUGGCAAGACCAUGGGACAGUGUGUCCAGGAGAAGUUCAAGACUUCAGCGGUAGGAACUGCUCCUCGGGCAUGCUGGGCGUUCACGAUCGCCGUGUACACUGGUUGCUUGCUCUAUCAGUGCAACAACUUUGCUGGCGGCGUUGACGCACUCUUCGCUUUCCCAGGCAUGGAGAACUUCUCGCAGAAUGCCGUAAGAAUCGGCGGUUGCUUUGGCUAUGGCAUUGCUGUGAUUGCAAUUCUUUACCAGGACCAGGCAGAUGCUAUUGGGACCGGCCUUGGUGUGGUGAUGAUGGCCAUGAUCGUCUUGUUUCUGGCGGCUGCCAUCACUGUGGGCUUCUCUUGGGCUGAGCUGGCGUGGGGCUUUCUGCCUACACUGCCGCAGAUGUCUGCCGUUCCAGAUGCAGCGACACCCUGCGAAAUGGUCUUGAGUUUGGUGGGCACCACCGCUAUCGGGGUCAACCUCUUCUUCUCGGGUUCCAUGGCAGUGGGCACGACGAUGGCAGAUUGCCGUCGUGGCAUUGCAUUUUCCACCGCCUCUGCUCUGAUCGUAUCACUCCUCAUCAUGAUUGUGGGCAGUGGCAGCGCUAAGGAAGCGGACGAUCUAGGAAAGUUCAACAUCGGUCUGUUGGCCGAUGCCAUCGAGCAUUACUUUGGCAAAGUAGGCACCUUUGCCUUCGCGUUGGGUUUUGUGGCCGCGGCGUUGAGCUCGAUGCUCACGGUGGUUCUGGGGAUCGUUUCGGCAGCAGAGGGCCUGGUGCUCUCGCCCAAGGACGUAGAGAGUGGGGCCCUGCCAAAGAUACCGCGGAGGGCCUUCUGGAGCAUCGCCUUCAGCACUGUCCUGGUAGCGAUGGCAGCGAUCAUCGCCAACCUGCCACGAGUAACGGUGAUUUUGGUGGCACAGCUGUCUCCAAGUGGCAAGCAGAUUGUCGAGCUGAUGUCACCACUCAGCAGAAGGUCAGCAGCAUUUGCAUAUCGAAUGCAUUUCAGUCGACUAAAAGAUCGAAACAUUCGAAACAAACUCAACACCUCGGUUCUCUUCGAUUCCUUUGCCAUGCAGCUCUCUCUUCUGCGUUCUUCACUUGAGAGGCGCCGCCUGCGGCAGGCAGAGAUGGCGGAACAGGCCACGGUUGCAGACACAGCCGAGCUGACCGGGCUGGCCGGGUUCGGGAAAUUCGACACGAGAUUUCUGUCUCGGAACAUCUCGGGAUAUCUCAGUGAUUCUCGGUGUAUCAUUUCAGGCAAAGAGGGCGGGGCCCGUGGCACCAAUGGUGCGCGUGGUGCUUUACACUUCCAGAUUUCGGAUGAUGGCGCAGCACCGAGGGCGGCAGAGUUGCAGCCUGAGUGCUGCCAACACGCGUCACACAGUGAGCAGCAGCAGGCAAUGGAGAAACACAUGGAGGCUCAGGAGAAGAAGCUGAGCUCUGCCUCGAAAGCCUUGAAACGUUCAAGGGCUCAGGAAUUGCGAUGUGUAAUUGACGGCAAGUUGCUUGGGGCUCCAGUGCUGUCACCUUAUGGACAUGUCUUUGAGGAAGAUACGUUGAAGCAAUGGCUCACGACGUGUGGAAGCGUGUGUCCCAUUACGGGAAAGCCCCUAAGAGAGGAGGAUUGUCGAGCUGAUGUCACCACUCAGCAGAAGGUCUUAGACUGGGUCAAAGCUGCCCGGGCAUCUUACAAAAUCAAAAAGGAGGAGAGGCGCCGCCUGCGGCAGGCAGAGAUGGCGGAACAGGAGGACCCCGUUUGA